CGAGUGCUUUGUUUUCAUGGACCUCUCCUUUAUGAAGCAAAGUGUGUAAAGGUUGCCAUAAAGGAUAAACAAGUGAAAUACUUUAUCCAUUACAGUGGUUGGAAUAAAAAAUUCUUCAAAUAUUCAUGCCAUCUUGGUUUCCUUCACAGACAGAAAUCAGAGCUCUUCUUCUUACACUGGGAUGAAUGGGUUCCAGAAAGCAGAGUGCUCAAAUACGUGGAUACCAAUUUGCAGAAACAAAAAGAACUUCAAAAGGCCAAUCAGGAACAGUAUGCAGAGGGGAAGAUGAGAGGUGCUGCUCCAGGCAAGAAGACAUCUGGUCUGCAGCAGAAAAAUGUUGAAGUAUUUUUCAGACGAGAUGGAGCGCAUACUGUUUGCUGUUUGGAGACCCCUACAAUAUCGACGCGGAAAACAAAAAAGAACAAACAGAAAACUCCUGGAAUUGGAGAAGGGAGCAGUACCAGUGAGACUCCCCAGCCUCCUAGGAAGAAGAGGGCUCGAGUGGAUCCGACAGUUGAAAGUGAAGAAACAUUUAUGAACAGGGUUGAAGUAAAGGUGAAAAUUCCAGAAGAGCUGAAACCAUGGCUUGUAGAUGACUGGGACUUGAUCACCAGGCAGAAGCAGCUCUUCUAUCUUCCUGCCAAGAAGAAUGUUGACUCCAUUUUAGAGGAUUAUGCAAACUACAAGAAAUCGCGAGGAAAUACUGAUAACAAGGAGUAUGCUGUUAAUGAAGUUGUGGCUGGAAUUAAAGAAUACUUCAAUGUAAUGCUGGGAACUCAACUACUGUACAAAUUUGAGAGGCCGCAAUAUGCCGAAAUUUUAGCAGAUCACCCAGAUGCUCCUAUGUCUCAAGUCUAUGGUGCCCCACAUCUACUGAGGUUAUUUGUACGAAUUGGUGCUAUGCUUGCUUACACACCUCUUGAUGAGAAGAGUCUGGCUUUGCUGUUAAACUACUUACAUGACUUCUUGAAGUAUUUAGCAAAGAAUGCCUCAGCAUUGUUUAGCGCCAGUGACUACGAAGUAGCGCCUCCCGAGUAUCAUCGGAAAGCAGUAUAAUACUGUGCUGCUUUACAAUGAAGUGAUAAUUGGAUCCUUGUAAUAGUACUGUCCACUUCUACAUCUUGUUCUUCACCCUCCUAUUGCACAUGUCUCUAUUGCACAACCUAUGUAAACAUAAAGUGAAUAAAGUUGUGUGUUUAAAAUGGAA